AUGGAAGUAGAAACUACAUCAAUCAUGAUUGACGAUGUAGCGACUACCCCGUCCCUCGACACCUCAGUCCUUCCCGGAACAAUAAGGGAAGUAAAUGUCACUACCGGAGCCGAUUCUUCCACCAACACAACCGUUGGAAAAGAAUUCAUCAUGGAACACGAUAUUAGUAUCGUCAGUAACAGCGAUAUGUCGAUAGUUAGUCCUGAAACUGAUCAUGCCGCUUUAAAAAAUCCGAAACAGAAAAUCUCGUUGCCGAAAGAAACGACCGAUAACGAUGCGAGCGACAAAAAGAAAAAAGUCGACCCAUCACUAAAACCGUUUAAUUACCGAGAAAAAAGUUUGAAAGACGAAAGUUCUAGCCUUUCAAAAAAUGUAUCAGUUGAAGAUCGAGAAAGAUUGCUCGGCCUAAUAAUGGCACUACGUUACGGGCCAAUAAAUGACAGAAAUAAACUCGAACUUAAUCAACAUCCAUUUAACAUGCGACAAAAUACCAGAACAAACUGGAUUAGGAAUGCCUCGUCCGACAAAAAGUUGUUAACCAACAUCAUAAACAAAUUAUACCAAAUGUACAACCGAGAGUCAAAGAACAACGAAGAAGAUGAUGUUGGAAAACCACAAAGUAGAAAGAUAUUAACGCAGAAAAACAUAGGAGAAGAUGUAAACGAACCCACCAGGAACUUUAACUUAGAAACACCACUAGUAGAUAGACAAAAUCCACUUAUUACAACGACCGAGGAUAAAGAAGAAGAUAAGGAAACGGAAAAAAGCGAGGACGAAGUAGAAACACAAAAAACAGCAAAAACUAUAGAGGUUCAACCUAAAAAAAAUCAAGAUAUAACAACAGCAAUCGAAAACGAUAUUAGUAAAAACGGGGAAAACGAAAACAUAGCAGAUGAAGAAUAUGAAAAAGAUAGUAAGAAGGAUAUUAAUGAUGACGAGUAUAAUCUAGAUAAUGAUAGCAAUAAAAAUAGUGAUGAAUACGAGGUACCAGAUGAUUUUCUGGACUUGGAACAUGUAGAAAAAGUCGAGCAUAACUGGAACCUAUUCAAAAACUUUGAUCGACUUAAUUGUAGUGACGAAGAACUGAAAAAUAAGGAUGGAACCGCUAAUGAUGAAAGUGUUGCAGAUUCUAAAACAGCUCAAACUAACAGUGACUACCUAGCAAAUGAAAUAAAUGACACCCGAAUUCAUGGAAUGAGGUGGAAAACCAAUAUAAAAAAAAAGAAAAGGAAAAAUAGUUUAGAAAAACACAAACUCGAUAUCUAUAAAUGA